AUGCGUGUCGCUUGCCUCCUGAGCCUCAUGGUUGCCCUGGCUGCCGCGGCCCCAAGUGUGGAACCAGGUGUUUCGCUAGCAUCUGCGAAUAGGGCCAUUCGAGACGUUAUUGCUCGUUAUGCCGGCGGAGACUCCAAGGUUGUACGUUCGGUGGAUAGCAAUGAACAUCUGGCAGUCAGCCCAGCCCCUGCCGGAGAUCAAUUAUCGGCACAAGAUUGCGUCCUUGACCAUAGAAUACGCAUCACGUCGACAGAAGAGUUCAUCGGCUGGGACAUGCAGCUCAGCCAGGUGUUCAGGGGACCAAUCGAAAUCGAGAUUGAGAAUGGGAGGUCCGUCACUGAUACCAUCACGAUCACUUCUGGCCUCAUUUCAGAGAUGAACUUCAUUACAUCAUCUUUGAGCUCAGAAUUCGGCGUUUCCUUCAGCAAAGCUUGGACAACCGACUCAAGGCAACAUGGCACGGUCUCUAUCCCCGCGGGCAGGCAUGGCGCAAUUGUUAUCAACCCGGCAACGACACGCCGCUUCGGUAUUGUGAUGAAAGGCUGCCAGGGACGUGCGGUACAGGUUGCUAAAUUCAUGGCCGAUUCUUUCAAGGAGCACGUCCUUAACGGAAUCACGUUCAUACAAGGCGAGAUCUCGCUCUGUUCGAGGCCUGUCAAUGAACCUAUGCGCCGCUGCGAAGGUGAAGGCACUCUCAACUCGAUCGGCCCUACCGAAUUGCACGUUGAGGGUGGCCCGAAAGAAGCGUCUCCCUAG